AUUAUUUUUUAAACGACUAUAUAAUCAAGUGAAAAUUGCCAAUUAAAAUCAUUAUCUAACAGAAUUUUAGAAGUCAUUAUUCAAAAAUGCAAAAAGUAGCUUUGGUUGUCCUUUUCGCUGUAGUGGCCUUUGCUUCGGCUGCCUACGUCCAGCCUCACUACGAGCCCCAAGAUAUUUAUGCUGAACCCAACUGUGCUGUUGUCAACGAUCAUAGCCGAAUGUUCCGUGAUAUUUCCGAUCCCACUCACUACUGGGUAUGUCCUGAGGGUCAAGCUAAAGCUGAUUACAUUCAAUGUCCUGCCAAUGAGGCCUUCAUGGAACCUUUACAAAAAUGUGUUGUUUGGGGAGAAUGGAAGUGGAUUGAACCAUACACUAAAUAAUUUUUUGUUUAUUUGAUAAAUAAAUGGCUGAUUGUUUUGUAAAAUUUAAA